GCCGCCGCCGCCGCCGCAGCCCAUCAAGGUGUACGGGCAGGUUAGCCUGAACGAUUCACACAACCAGAUGGUGGUUCACUGGGCAGGAGAGAAGAGCAACGUGAUUGUAGCUUUGGCCCGGGAUAGCUUAGCCUUGCUGGACCCCAAGUUAAGCGAUGUCUAUGUGUCUUACGACUACGGGAAAACAUUUAAGAAGAUAUCGGAGAAAUUCAAUUUUGGUCCAGGGAACACCACCCAAGCAGUGAUUGCUCAGUUCUACCACAGCCCAGCUGACAACAAAAGGUACAUCUUUGUGGAUGCCUACACUCAGUACCUGUGGCUCACGACGGACUUUUGCAAGACCGUUCAGGGCUUCUCAAUUCCAUUCAAAGCAGCCGACCUGCUUCUGCACAGCCGGCUUCCAAACCUUGUCUUGGGCUUUGAUCGAUCUCAUCCCAACAAACAGCUCUGGAAAUCAGAUGAUUUUGGGCAGACGUGGAUAAUGAUUCAUGAACAUGUGAAAUCAUUUUCUUGGGGCAUUGAGCCAUAUGACAAGCCAAAUGCAGUUUACAUAGAGCGGCAUGAACCUACACGCUCCUCGACUGUCCUUCGCAGCACGGAUUUCUUUCAAACCAGGGAAAACAAAGAGAUUCUUCUAGAGGAUGUUGAAGACUUCCAACUCAGGGACAAGUAUCUGUUUGCGACAAAGUCUGUGCACCUUCUGGGUACGCAGCAGCAGACGUCUGUUCAGCUCUGGGUGUCUUUCAACCGCAAGCCGAUGCAAGCAGCCCAGUUUGUGACGAGGCACCCCAUUAAGGAAUACUAUAUUGCGGACACAUCUGAAGACCAGGUGUUUGUGUGUGUCAGUCACAGCAACAACAGCACCAACCUGUACAUCUCGGAAGCAGAUGGCCUGAGGUUUUCACUGACUUUGGAGAAUGUCCUCUACUACAGCCCUGGAGGAGUAGGGAGUGACACCUUGGUCAGAUAUUUUGCAAAUGAGCCCUUUGCGGACUUCCACCGAGUGGAGGGCGUGCCCGGAGUCUAUAUCGCCACCUUGAUCAAUGGCUCGUUCAGCGAGGACAACAUGCGGUCUGUCAUCACCUUCGACAAAGGUGGGACUUGGGAAUUUCUCCAGCCACCAGAGUAUUCUCGCUACGGCGAAAAGAUAAAUUGUGAGCUUUCUCAGGGCUGCUCUCUUCACCUGGCCCAGCGGUUAAGCCAGCUGCUCAAUUUCCAGCUGCGGAGAAUGCCCAUCCUGUCCAAAGAAUCUGCUCCAGGACUGAUCAUCGCAACAGGUUCUGUGGGCAAGAACAUGGCGAGCAAAAUGAACGUGUACAUUUCAAGCAGCGCUGGUGUCAGAUGGCAAGAGGUCCUGUCUGGGCCCCAUUAUUACGCUUGGGGUGAUCACGGAGGGAUCCUCAUGGCGGUAACGCAGGGCACAGAGACAAACCAGCUGAAGUAUAGCACAAAUGAAGGGGAGACGUGGAAGAUGUUCACCUUCUCAGAGAAGCUGGUCUUUGUUUAUGGCCUCCUAACAGAACCCGGGGAGAAAAGCACCGUCUUCACCAUCUUUGGAUCUUACAAAGAGAAUGGGCACAGCUGGCUCAUCCUGCAGAUCAACACUACUGAGGUGCUUGGCGUGCCUUGCACGGAGAACGAUUACAAACUGUGGUCCCCAUCCGACGAGCGCGGCAACGAGUGUCUCCUGGGCCACAAGACGGUCUUCAAGCGGCGGACUCCCCAUGCCACCUGUUUCAACGGGGAAGAUUUUGAUCGGCCGGUCAUGGUCUCCAACUGUUCUUGCACCAGGGAGGAUUACGAGUGUGAUUUUGGCUUCAAGCUCAGUGAAGACCUGUCAUUAGAAGUCUGUGUUCCAGAUCCGGAAUUCGCCGGCAAACCUUUUUCUCCCCCUGUGCCCUGUCCCAUCGGCUCAACUUACAAGAAGACCCGUGGUUACCGCAAGGUAUCUGGAGACACUUGCUCAGGGGGUGACGUUGAAGCCCGGCUAGAAGGGGAACCGGUACCGUGUCCAUUAGCAGAGGAGAAUGAAUUCAUUCUGUACACCACACGGUACUCUAUCCACCGGUACGACCUCUCCUCUGGGAUUAGUGAAGAGUUGCCUCUGACAGGACUACGAGGGGCAGUAGCGUUAGACUUUGAUUAUGACCAUAACUGUUUGUACUGGGCUGACGUGACGCUCGACAUCAUCCAGCGCCUUUGUCUAAAUGGGAGCUCUGGGCAGGAAAUCAUCGUCAGCACCGGCCUGGAGACGGUCGAGGCCUUGGCCUUUGAACCCACCAGUCAGCUGCUUUACUGGGUGAAUGCCGGCAUCCCCAAAAUCGAGGUUGCCAACCCAGACGGAGACUUGCGUAUUACCAUUUUGAAUUCCUCUGUGCUCGAGCGGCCGCGCGCCUUGACUCUGGUACCUAAAGAAGGGCUGAUGUUUUGGACAGACUGGGGGGACUCCAAGCCCGGCGUUUACCGAAGUGAGAUGGAUGGGUCUUCUGCCACUUGCAUUGUCUCAGAGGGAGUGAGGUGGCCCAAUGGCAUUUCUGUGGACGACCAUUGGAUUUACUGGACGGAGGCCUACAUGGACAGGAUUGAGCGCAUUGACUUCAACGGCAUGCAGCGGUCUGUCAUUUUGGACAGUCUUCCUCAUCCUUACGCGAUUGCCGUGUUUAAGAAUGAAAUCUAUUGGAAUGAUUGGUCACAACUCAGCAUUUUCAGAGCUUCCAAGAAUAGUGGAUCUAGAAUGGAGACAUUGGUUGACCAUCUCAAUGGUGUGAUGGAUAUGAAAAUCUUCUACCGCGGAAAGACGGCAGGGCAGAAUGCCUGUGUCGCCAGGCCCUGCAGCCUGCUGUGUCUGCCUCGGUCCAACAACAGCCGAAGCUGCAAGUGUCCCGAGGGUGUCUCCAGCCACGUGCUGCCGUCAGGGGAGGUGAGAUGCGAUUGCCCACCCGGGUACCUCUUGAAGAACAGCACCUGCAUCAAGGAAGAAAACACCUGUCUCUCCAACCAGUACAGAUGCUCCAACGGGAAUUGCAUCAACAGCAUUUGGCAAUGUGACAACGACAACGACUGUGGGGACAUGAGCGACGAGAAGAAUUGCCCAACAACCGUGUGUGACGUUGACACCCAGUUCCGAUGCCACGAGUCGGGGACCUGUGUCCCACUGUCCUACAAGUGUGAUCUUGAGGACGACUGUGGGGACAACAGUGAUGAGAGCCAAUGCAACGCUCACCAGUGCCGAAAUGAUGAGUUCAGCUGCAACUCCGGGAUGUGCGUUCGUCUCUCGUGGAAAUGUGAUGGCGAUAAUGAUUGCCGGGACUGGUCAGAUGAAGCCAACUGCACCGCAGUUCACCACACCUGUGAAGCCUCCAGUUUCCAGUGCCAUAACGGGCACUGCAUCCCCCAAAGGUGGGCGUGUGAUGGCGACGCCGACUGCCAGGAUGGCUCCGAUGAAGACCCCACCAGCUGUGAGGCGAAGUGCAAUGGCUUCCUGUGUCCAAAUGGGACUUGCAUCCCUUCCAGCAAGCGGUGUAACGGGGCGCAUGACUGCUCUGACGGCUCUGACGAACAGCACUGCGAGCCCCUCUGUACGCGCUACAUGGAAUUCGUGUGCAGGAACCGGCAGCAGUGUUUGCUGCGCUCCAUGGUGUGCGACGGCACCGUGCACUGUCGGGAUGGCUCGGACGAAGACCCCACCUACGCCGGGUGCUCCCAGUACCCCGAGUUCCACCACACCUGCGACCAGUUUAGCUUUCGCUGCCAGAACGGCGUCUGCAUUAGCUUGGUGUGGAAAUGUGACGGGAUGGACGACUGCGGGGACAAUUCCGAUGAGGCGAACUGUGAAAACCCAACCGAAGCCCCGAAUUGCUCCCGGUACUACCAGUUCCAGUGUGACAACGGACACUGCAUCCCUAACAGGUGGAAAUGCGACGAGGAAAAUGACUGCGGCGAUUGGUCGGAUGAGAAGGCGUGUGGAGGUUCAGCAAUCAUUCCAGUUACCACGUCGGCCCCCGCCACGUGUUCGCCCAACCACUUCCGGUGUAAUGGCGGUGCUUGCAUCAUGAACAGCUGGGUUUGCGACGGGUACCGCGACUGUGCAGACGGCUCCGACGAGGACGCUUGCCCCACCUCUCCCAUUGGUGCGACGUCGCCGUCCGCCAGCUUCCCCGGACGCUGCAGCCGAUUUGAAUUUGAGUGCCAGCAAAUGAAGAAAUGCGUCCCGAAUUGGAAGCGCUGCGAUGGCUUGAAAGACUGUCAGGAUGGCACGGAUGAGCUGAACUGCCCUACACACAGUACCUUGUCGUGUCCUAAUGGGUUCAAAUGCGAAGACGGGGAGGCUUGCUUCAUGAUGACGGAGCGGUGCGACGGAUUCUUGGAUUGCUCAGAUAGCAGCGACGAAAGGAACUGCACUGAUGAUACCCUUGUCUAUAAAGUGCAGAACCUCCAAUGGACAGCUGAUUUUUCAGGCAACAUCACUUUAACCUGGACCCGGCCGAAGAAGCUGCCUCCUGCCUCCUGCGUCUACAAUAUCCUUUACAGGUUGGUUGGAGAAAGCGUGUGGAAAUCCUUAGAAACUCACAGCAACAAAACCAACAGCGUCUUGAGAGUGCUGAAACCGGACAGCACGUAUCAGGUCAAAGUUCAAGUCCAGUGCCUGAGCAAGGCGUACAACACGAACGACUUCAUCACGCUGCGUACCCCAGAAGGACUGCCCGAUCCUCCUUGCCACCUCCAGCUGUCGCUGAAGAGAGAAGCCGUAGUUGAUGUGCUGUGCCAGUGGGCACCACCAGCAAACGCCCAUGGCUUGAUCAGAGAGUAUGUUGUGGAGUACAGCAGGACUGGUUCGAAGGAGUGGUCAUCUGUAAGGGCCACCAGCAACUAUUCAGAAAUUGAACGUUUGCAGGUCAACACGUUGUACACAUUCAGAGUUGCUGCAGUAACUAGCCGUGGAGUGGGAAACUGGAGCGAUUCCAAGUCCAUACGCACCGUAAAAGGCAAAGUUAUUCCUCCACCAACUAUCCGUGUUGAUAGUUACAAUGACAAUUCCAUAAGCUUCACCCUCAAAAUGGAAGCUAACAUUCAGGUGAAUGGCUACGUUGUGAAAAUCUUCUGGACUUUCGACACCCACAGACAAGAAAAAAGAUCACUGUUCAUAGAUGGGGGAAAAUCGGCACAAACUGUAAGUAACUUGACUGCUCAGACACCGUACGAGAUUUCUGCCUGGGCGAAGACAGAACUGGGCGACAGUCCUCUGUCAUUUGCACAUGUGGUGACCAGCGGUACGAGACCACCGCCUCCCAGUCUGAAAGCCAAAGCUAUCAACCAGACCGCUGUCGAAUGUAACUGGACUGGCCCACGGAACGUGGUAUAUGGCAUAUUUUAUGCCACAUCUUUCCUAGAGCUUUACAGGAAUCCUAACAAUGCCACCACCACACUGCACAACAUCACGGUCAUCGUCAACAGAGAUGAGCAGUACUUAUUUCUGGUACGUGUGGUUUCUCCAUACCACGGACCACCUUCCGAUUACAUCGUGGUGAAGAUGAUUCCUGACAAUCGCCUUCCCCCUCGGCAUCUUCAUUCGGUGCACCUGGCAAAAACGUUCGCUGUUAUUAAGUGGGAAUCGCCGUAUGAUUCUCCUGACCAGGAUAUGUUAUAUGCCGUAGCAGUGAAAGAUUUAAUAAAGAAGACAGACAGAAUCUACAAGGUGAAAACACGUAACAGCACUGUGGAAUAUACCAUCAAGAAGCUGGAGCCCGGAGGGAAAUACCAUAUCAUUGUCCAGCUGGGAAAUAUGAGCAAAGAAGCCAGUGUGAAAAUUAGCACAGUUUCCCUGGCUGCUCCAGAUGCCUUAAAGAUUAUAGCAGAAAAUGACCAUAUCUUGUUGUUUUGGAAGAGCUUAGCCUUAAAAGAACAUCAUUUUAGCGAAAGCCGGGGGUAUGAGGUCCACAUGUUUGACAGUGUGAUGAAUAAAACUGCAUACCUGGGAAACACCACUGAGAAUGUCUUCAAAGUUUCCAACUUGAAGGCCGGCCGCAAUUACUCUUUCACAGUGCAAGCAAGAUGUCUCUACAGCGGGCAGCUGUGCGGCGAACCUGCGACGCUGCUUUACAACGAAUUAGGAACUGGAGGAGAUCCUGCUGCAUCAAAAAUGGGCAAAUCUACAGAUGUUGCUGCCAUAGUGGUACCGAUAUUAUUCAUCUUGCUAGUGACUGUGGGCAUAGGUUUUGUCAUCUUGUACAUGAGGCACAGAAGACUUCAAAAUAGCUUCACGGCCUUUGCCAACAGCCACUACAGUUCCCGACUGGGGUCGGCGAUAUUCUCCUCAGGUGACGAUUUAGGAGAUGACGAUGACGAGGCACCAAUGAUCACAGGCUUUUCAGACGACGUCCCCAUGGUGAUAGCAUGAAGAGUGUUUCUGGCUCCGGAAACCAAAAUGGUGUAAAUAUUUUAUUUGAUAAAAAAAAAAAAUCAGAACAGCCAACUGUUUAUUUUAAAACAAAACAAAAAUAUAUAUGCACUUUUGAGUUGCAAUACGUUAUUUUUGUAUGGGAUGAAAAAAAAAAGAAGAAGAAAUAACUAUUACACUUUGUAGUACACAGCUGUGAACUUUCAAACCAGGUUGAUUUAGUAACAAUUUCUGUUGUUGUUGUUUUCCUUUCCAAACCCUAAUUUAGUCUUACAAGGCUGUGCUUGCUGAGCUUGCUUUUGAGUCUGUGAGAUAUGUUCUGUUCACCGUGACUCCGAUCCUCAGAGAACUUGUGGGGGUUCAGAGGUGAACCCCUUGACCCUCCCUCCAGCUUGGAUAUCAUAGGAUGGAACUUGGUGUGAUGAAGGAUACCAUGGGUGGGUUCCCCCCCCCCCGUGUUUUGAAGCCUGCCCACCCCCUCCACUCGUAACGGACAAUGAUGGAAAGCGGUGAUGUGAUCUCAUCAAGUUGUGCGUUUCCCUACUUUUCUUCCACGAGAUUGGCUUCCAUUCCAACCCUUUUCUUCCACAACAUUGGUUUCUAUUCCAAUUCAAGAAGGGGGAUUCUUGAAUGGGGGGGAGGGGCGUUCCUAGCAGUCAGACUCAAGCACUUUGCCUCCUGUGCUGCCCUUCCCAAUGCAAGCUCUGAUGUUCGAAGGCAGCCUGUCUGAGCAAUCUCUGGUUGGGGUGAGGAGAUGCCCAGAAUAUUGGGUUUUAUGUCCUCCCCCCACUCAGGAAGGCAGGGAUCACGUGACAUUUGCAGGCAGACUGGUUCCUCUGGUCUUGCCUCCAGUUUCCUUCCCAGCUGUUGCUCUCAGAGCUCGCUGCUCCCAUCUGAACCACUUGCCUCUGAUGUGGGAACAUUGUCUGAUCCUAAUCUCCUGCUUCUGUUCCCUGAUUGCUGCCUUAGAUCUUAAACCCUGGCUUUUCGGAGGGGGGGGGGCAGGGAGACACACACAGCACACCUGCUAGUGGCCCACCUAAACAGGCAGCCCCCGGCCCUUGCUGAUGCCUGGCGCCCACAGAGGGAAGCCCACAGCGUUAGAAGAACACGCCAUGUGUCUCCAUCACUGCACGCUACGAGGGAGAUGGAACUUGACUUGAACCUCUCUUCUGUGCUGUGUCAAGUUCUGCCCUUAAUGGAGGCCAGGCCAAGGAGGUCACUGUCUGACCUUCGUGAUAUGAAGGCAGAGCAGCUGAAGCAGAUGAGGUGGGACAAUACGAAUGGCUUGGCCAUUAGUUUUCUCUCGGGGCGCGUCCCCCCAAACGCUGCUGCUGCU